AUGGAAGAGAAACAAGGCGAACGGAUUGAGAUCCUCACCAAAGAGGACAGCUUCGACCAGGUCGACACUGGCGAAAUCAUCGAAGAAACCCAAAAAUAUGACAAGAAGAUGGAAUACAAGAUAUGUCGCAAGCUGGACUUCAGAAUCUUGCCGGUUAUUUCGUUGAUGUACCUUUUCAACUCUCUUGAUAAAGGAAACAUUUCCAACGCCAAGACGGAUGGAAUUGAAAAGGAUCUUGGCAUUGGUGGCCAGGAGUGGAACAACAUGGUGAUGAUUUUCUACGUUCCGUUCUGCCUUUGCGGUUUCCCUCUUUCAAUUGUGAUAAGAAAGUUCGGCCCUGCAAACACCAUCCCGCUGUUCAUGUUUGGUUUUGGAUGCGUCACUCUAUUAUCUGCGUCUGCUUUCAAUUACGGUUCUUUGAUGGCUGCUCGUUGGUUCCUGGGAAUUUUCGAGUCUGCUUUUUUCCCUGGUAUUAUUUUCUAUCUGAGUACUUUUUACCGGCGUAACGAGCUGGCUAGAAGGUUGUCCAUUUUUUACGCCGCUUCCAACAUCGCCAACGCUUUUUCAGGUCUCCUGGCCUUUGGUGUGUUCCAAAUCAACUCCAACACAGUUAAAGGGUGGCAGAUUCUCUACAUCAUCGAAGGAGGAGCUUCUGUUGUUUGGGCCACAUUCUCGUUCUGGUGGCUGCCAAGAAAAAUCGAGUCUUGCAAGUUCUUCUCCGAGGAAGAGCGUGAAUACGCACUGUACAGAAUCAAUGUCGAUGCGUCGGCUUCUCACACCGAAGGUAUGAAGAUUUGGGACUCAAUCAAAGUUUUCUUCCAUCCGGUUGCAGUGAUUUGGCUAAUCCAAGAGUUCUGCCUUGGUGUUCCAUUAAACUCUGUUAACUCGUGGUUCCCGCAAAUCAUUGGAUCCUUCGGUAAGAGCACCGUCAUGACUAACCUCUACACUGUUGCACCAAACGUGUGGGGAGCCAUUUCGUUGCUGUUGCUAUGUUUCGGAUCUGACCUCACAAGAAUGAGAUCUGCGUUCGUUCUGAUUGCUCUGAUUGGUACACUUCUUGGAUUCGUGGUGUUUGGGUGCAUCGAUAUCAAGAGCAACUUGGGAGCUGCCUACUUCUGCUGUUUCUUGAUGACCACCGGUACAUCCGCUUCCUCAGUGCUUACAUCAACAUGGUACAACAACAACACACCAAACGAGAACCGUCGUCUUGUUAUGUCGGCCAUUGGAGUUCCUAUCUGUAACUCUGCAGGACUGAUCUCUGCAAAUAUCUUCAGAUCCAAGGACGCUCCCAAAUACGUUCCAGCACUGGCUAUAACGGCGGCCUUUGGGGGUGUUUCUGCCUGCUGUGUUGUGAUUAUCCUUGUCUACAUGAUUAUCGAUAACAAGCGCAGAAACAGAGCACAAAAUGUCAACUGGACAUACAAAGACGUUCCGACCCAUUUGCUGGCAGAGGGUCCAAAAAAUCCAAACUACAGAUGGAUGUACUAG